CAUUGAUGAACAAUAAGCAGCGAGUAAAGUUACAGUGGCUGUGUGUUGGUAUUUAUGCCAGACUGCAGCUCACUGAAACCCCCUCCGCGCAGCAGAUUAUCGGACCAAACCAUUGCCACAGUUCAGGUUUUAGCACCUGUCACAUGAGGCUUUACAUUUGCAAAUCACCGGCUACCAUUACAGCUAAGUAUGUUUACUUUGCUAUACCGCAGACGUAUAUCGGAUCAGCCCCUGCAGACGCCGCCACAGUGCAGCUCUCAGUGAGAUGAGCUGCCAAAUCGCACCGACACCCCUAUAGCGCGACUGGCAGCAUCACCCACUGCCUGCAAUGGCGUUGUAGCGGCUCCAGUGUGUCCAAAGGUUUCUGUAGUGGCGAUUCCAUCCCGGACAAUUUACAAGCGUGGGAUAGAAAUGUUUUUUCGAAGGCUUUUGCGACAACAGCAUCCAUAUUUCCCACGAGUUUAAGCCUCUGGAUUACAGUUUAUUUGUAUCACGCGUCAAACGAAGCCGGAGCCAUGAAUGUGUGAAUGGGCCUAAAGGAACUGUAACAUCAGCUGGAUCAGAUUAGGCAGCUUUGCAGUAGGUCAAAGAAGACUCUCAAUCCUCCAUUCUAAUGAGUCCACGGCGAUGCUGACAUCCCCUCUGAACCCAAAGACAUCAUCAUGCUGAAGACGGAGGCCUCGGGGGAGAGGACCAGCCUCCGGAGUGCCUCCCCCCACCGUAAUGCCUACCGGGCUGAAUUUCAGGCUCUCAAGAGGGCCUUUGACCAGCCCCGGAUCGAUGGAGACUCCAAGCCCAAGGACCUGGAUCGGGUGAAACAGCCAAGAGGACGCCAGUAUGGCGGCCAUGUCAGUCGCAUUAAGGACAUGUUCAUGCAGUUGGGCACAGAAAAUGUGCCAGCUAAGGCCAAGGGUUGUGAUGAUACCUCACCGCAAAAGCUGGUCAAGCCCACCAACUUCAUCAACAAGGCAGAUGGAUCAGUGAUAAAACUCCAGCAUUCAUCAUCCACCGACAGGGUUGGAGGUGCUGGAGCAAAGUUCUCUGAAACCAGGAAGCUGUUUGAGCAGCAGUCACGUGACCAGUCCCAAUCACCAGUCUUUCCAUGCGGACGGGAUAAACGAGGUUCCCAUGAGCACCUCGAUGACUGGCGAGGUGCGAGGUCUAAUCGAGGCAGCACAGACUCCUUGGACUCCCUUUGCUCUAGAACAGAGGCGUCCUCACCAACCGUCAGUCAACUGAGUGCUGUUUUUGAAAACGCUAACAACCACAGCCAGGGUGCGCCCUACAAAGGAGUCAGCCGACGAGCCCUUUACUCACCAGAUGGAUUCCACCGCCACGGAGGUGAUGUCAGUGAAGAUGAUUCAAGACAAUCUCCAGUUCGUGGAAGCUACCGAAGCAGGACAGGAGGGAAGUUUCCCACAUCCUCGUCUUCUGAGGACCUUCUGAGCCCUGGCCGUGGGACAGAGACUUCGGAGCUGAAACCAGUACGUCAAGAGGAAGAGUCCCAAGACAAAGCAGACAAGGUUGAGACUAGGGGCAGAGAUGGAGGGCAUCUUCCUGGAGUCACCACCAAUGGAAGCCAGAUCAAUGGUUCAUGUGAAGAAGAGGAGAAACCUUCAGAAACAAGAAAACAUAUUGAGGAUCUAGGGGCGUCCAAAGCUUCAAAACCUACAUAUGAUGCUCUGAUCACUGACAAAAAUUUUGAAGAUGCAACCCCUGAGCCAUUACAGACCCCCACUACACCAGCUGAGAAAAGCCAGGAGGACGGGGAUGGUUCAAGAGAAGACAAGUCCUCUGAAUCUCCCAAGGACCAGGUGGAGGAACCUGACGAGGAAUACAUUGGGAAUGAGCGAGUGAUUUUUAACGCAGACGGGGACGCCUGUUACCAGGGUUGGGGUGAAAGCUGCACUGAUCCCGAGGAUGACCUCUAUGGAGACGAUGAGGAUAUUGUCUAUGACCCAGGCUCUGAUCUGACAGAGAUUCCUGGUCUGCCACACGAAAACAAAGACGACAUCCCUCCAAAGAGGAAGAUUCGUUUCAGCACUGCCCCCAUUACAGUGUUCAACACCUACUCCAACGAGGACUAUGACCGUCAUAACGAAGAGGUGGAUCCUGUGGCCUCCUCCGCAGAGUACGAGCUGGAGAAGAGGGUGGAGAAACUGGAGCUGUUCCCUGUGGAGCUGGAGAAAGAUGAAGACGGCCUUGGGAUCAGUAUUAUCGGGAUGGGUGUUGGCGCUGACGCAGGCCUGGAGAAACUGGGCAUCUUCGUCAAGACUGUCAUCGAGGGCGGAGCUGCUGAGAGAGACAGCAGGAUCAAGGUGAACGACCAGAUCGUGGAGGUGGAUGGGACCAGCCUGGUGGGCGUCACCCAGAGCUUUGCUGCCUCCGUCCUCAGGAACACAUCAGGAGUGGUCAGGUUUGUGAUUGGCCGAGAGCGUCCAGGGCAGCAGAGCGAGGUGGCCACGCUCAUCCAGCAGACCCUGGAGCAAGAGAGGAGACAGAGAGAGCUGCUGGAGCAGCAGUACGCCCACUAUGACGCUGAUGAUGACGAGCAGACAGGAGAGUACGCCACAGAUGAGGAGGAGGGGGGGACAACGGUAGCGGGCGAGGACAAGAGUAUUGAAGUGUUUGACUUGCCGGAGUCAGAGGACAUCUUGUCUCCCUCAGAGUUAGACGCCACUAAACUCUACCAGAAGUUCAGAGAGCUCCAGAUCAAACACACAGUGACCGAGGCCGAGAUUCAGAAGCUCAAAAACAAGCUGGCGUCAGUGGAGAGGGAGAAGCAGCGUUGGGAGAAGGAGAAGAGCCAGCUGAAGGCCAGCAUCGAGGAGAACAAGGAGAGGAUGCUGAAGCUGGAGAGCUACUGGAUCGAAGCGCAGACCCUCUGCCACACGGUCAACGAACACCUGAAGGAGGCGCAGGCGCAGUACCAAGCUCUGGAGAAGAAGUACAACAAGGCCAAGAAACUCAUCAAAGACUUCCAGCAGAAAGAGGUGGAGUUUAUCCAGAAGGAGGAUGCAGAGAGGAAGCGGCUGGAGGAGGCUGAGAAAGCUCACCUGGCUGAGAUCCAGGGACUGCAAGUCAGGAUUGCAACAUUAGAGUCCGAGCUAAUGCAGCUGAUGAAGCAGAACGGCAUCCAGGUCAACAACAACAACAGCAACAGCGCUGAGAGGCUCAGCGCUCAGCAGCACAGCCCUAAAAGGGCUGCAGCACAAGCCAGAGACCUGAGGGAGGGCUCACCAAGCAAAAAGAAGAUCUACAGAGGACUCACCCGAGACAGCAUUAGCUCCACAGAGGGAGAGGUCUCAGAGGGGCACGGCAGUCCAGCACACAGUCGGUCUGGUUCCAUUCGUAGUGCAGCCUCUUGUGAUGGAGGAGCUGCAGUCCUCAGGGCCCCUCGCAGCACAGAGAGCUCCCCCAGACGAACCCUGCAGUCCACCACAGGUUCUCAGCCUCCUGUGAUGUCGAGCCCCUCUCACUGUGUGGAGGAACACAGACAAACUUCGGAUCCUGGCUCCACAGAGGACAGUCCAGAGACACUCAAGGCACCCACUCUGAACGAUGAUCUGAGCGCCAGCAGCAGCAGCUCAGUGGAGAUCAGCGGGCUGCUGAGUGAAGCCAAGAUGUCGGGACACUCACACACCCUGGUGCUCUCCUCAGAUGAGAGUCUGGACAUGAUAGAUGAUGAGAUACUAGAUGAGGGACAGUUUCCGAAGCAGUGUCAGUGGCAGAACCGCAGCAUCACAGAGUGGACCACGCAGCAGGUGGCCCGCUGGCUCGUAGGCCUCAACUUAGAACACCACAUCCCAGAAUUCACUGCCAAAAACGUAGAUGGAGAACAGCUGCUACUGCUGGAGAGUGCCGACCUCAAGACCCUUGGAGUUUCUUCUUCCCAGGACCGUGCCCUGAUCAAGAAAAAGAUCAAAGACCUUAAAGUCCUGAUGGAGAAAGCCAAGAGGAACCGAGAGAAAGUGGAGAAACAGCGCGAAAAGCUACGGAAGAGAGAGCUGGAGCAGCAGCAGAAAGAGGCGCGCAAAGAAGGCGCGGCGGAGUGAAGUGAAUGCUUAGACCACCUCCCGCUUUACUGUAGCACCACACCAAGUAGCAUCUCGAGGAACAGAACGUCAGUAGGCCCCACAGACGAACCCUGAGGGACGCCUGCUCAGUAGUUCAAUAGUUCUCAGUGGUGGAGCUACACGCCCAACUGUCGGAGAUUGUUGAGUGAUUUUUUUCACCAAGCAAAUGAAACCAAAAUGAGCAGUUGGAUAAUACGAUCCUGCCCCGUUCAUUUGCCUCAUUUUACACCCAUCCUAUGUUUUUUAGCCAUUUAAGGUUUUACUCAGUUCUAUUUAUUUUGCUGUUUAUUGCUGUAAAUUAAGUUUAUUUAUUCAUAUCCGGUCUGUGAAAAGUUCAUCUCAUCCUAAUCCCAUAUCAUCCUCAGAGCCGUGACCCAUCACAGCACCCAUAGACAUGACGACCAUGUACAGUGAUAAAUACAGAUACAUGUCUGAUGUGCCAUUUUGAUAGACUUGUGUAUAUCCUGUUCAGAUACAUAGAUCAGUGGAAUCGCUCUAUUGCUUUGAUGAGGCACAUACAGGUCAGGCCUGUGUGGUGGAACACAUGAGGCAGUACUUAUCUCCCACCACUGGGUGUCCCCAUGCUGCUUACUCUCACUACUGAAGGAGGCCACACUGGAACUUUCCAAUAGGAACUGAAGCGGGAACCGAGUGUCAGUGGGAGAAAUACACUGUCUCAGUAUGUGCAAGAACACUGGAAGUGCAAACACUGUAAAUGUAACCUCUGCACUGGCUCGUCCAAUGCUCCUUACAGUAUACAUGUACCGUACUAAAGCAGUUCACAAAGUAUGAAUGAAGGACAUACUGUAACUCAUUGGACUGGUUCUAAUGGAGACUUCAGGUACAAUGUAACCAUGAAAUUUGUAACUUACCAAACCUGUACCACAAAAACAACAAAAAAAAUGUUAAAAUGAAACUUCCUGCUUAUAUGCAUAAUGUUGCUUUGACACCGCUUGUAACCUGCUUUUGACCUCUUUUUAUAUUCUCUCUCAAUAACAAAGUAAUACCCCGCCGCUGCCUUUAGAAAUUCUAGAGAAGUAGAAUUUUUCUGAACUCUAUCCGCUUCUGUGUGAGUGUCGAAACACAUACAGUAGACUAAACAUUUCUUGUUUUUUCUUUUGUUCAUAAAAAGUUACAGGUCAAAGUUCACCGUGCAAAUGACUUUGGAAUAUUCUGAAUAAUAUUUAGGAAUGCUGCCAUAUAGACGAGUCGUCUCUGUGAUGGAGGACAGAUGCAGUAAGUCCUGAAACUGUCUUAAAGAUUAUUGCACCUGAAACUGGAACUUAAAACAUUUUGAUUUACUUGUUAGAUAAAAAAAAUAUAGCAUUAAAAUUAUUUUUGACAUAUGUACUUUAUGCAGACCUUGUUUUAGGAUUAUGACGCUCACUGAGACACGUGUUCCCUGUGUUACUUCUUUAGCAUUCCCGAGAAUCAUUCCGUAUAGGUUUACAGUAAAUAUAGAGACGCCAGUGUCACCGUGAUUGAAACAAAGGCAGCUUUGGUUAUGAUUCCCUUUUGUCUCAAUGCUCCUGCCUGGUGAACUGUUAACAAUUCACCAACAAGACAACCAACAUUAAUUAAAUGCAAUUGUUAGUUUAUUUAACUUUAGUUAAUAGUUAUUUUGCUGUUAACAAACAAUGAAAUGAUCAUUGAUAAUGUAAACUUAUUAUGGGUGAUGCUAUAGUUUAUAUGUAUAGUUUAUUGUUGCACACAUUAUAAGAAUGCAUAUACUUUAUUAAAUAUUUAAGAGUUAAUGAUAAACAAAAUCUUUAAAAAAAAAAGUAAAAUAUCAAUUAACAUUACAGAGAUCAUGGAUCAGAUAUUUUGUAACACUUAAAAAAUGUAAACCUACAUUAAUUGGAUCUCCAUUAUGAAAUAUUAUAAUGCGUAUAAUAAUUAUUAAAUGAAUAAUAAAUAGUUUGAAAAGCAAAGUGCAUUAAGUUGGUCUCAUAAAAUACUUUUUGGCGAUCUAUAAAAUAGUGAUUAUUUGUGCUAAUAUCUAUCUAAAUUAUGUUUGUAGAUGCUUUCCAAAGUAUGAAUUAACCAUUUAACAAGCCAUUAUAAUCAUCAGUUGUAACAUAAGAGCCAUCUAAAUAAUGUGUGUAGAUGGUUUACAAGUAGUUUGGUAAUCAUUAACAAAUACCUAAUACAGUAUGUAAAAUGUUACAGUGUGUGCAACAAUAAACUGUCAAAUAACAUACAAUUUAGAGUAACUAAUAUUAGGUAAACAUUAAUCAUCAUUUCAUUGUUUUUAUUCAUAAAAUAACGAUUAGGUAAAGUUUAAUUAACUAUCAAUUGACCACUUAUUAUUGAUGGUUAUUAUAAAGUGUUUGGGGUUGCAGAUGCCUCCAUGCAAUGCCACAGUAAUACAGGUAUCACUGAUCUGUUUAUGUUAUUAUUUAUUUAUUUCUGUAUUUAAUGAAGCAACUGUUUAUGAUAACUUAUACACAAUAAGAGUAUUAUUAACACCUAACAAUGAUUUAUCCAGAAUUGUAUGAUUAAUUCCUAUUGCCAAAACAUUAUUAAACCUGUUCAUUAAAAGUGAUUUAGAUUCAAAUGGUUGUUAUCAGAUGAAGGAUUUAGGAAAGAGAACGCAGUAAUCCUCCCCCCAUUGUGCUUGUGGUUUUCCUCUAAUCCAACCAUAGUGCUGCUCCAGUGCAACUCCAAUAAACUGCUCAUCAUGUAUUCUUAUGGGAUAUUUUGUAACACCUGAGCCUUUCUGUAAAACCCCCAUCCCAGAUCAGUCCGCCGACUGCACUCUUUUGACUCUUUUGUAUGUAUAGUAAAACACAGAGAGCAAUACGCUGUAAGAAUCCUAAAGAAGCCUUGUUUUCUAUCGUGUCAGUAUGUGUGCACAGUUUGUCUGAGGGCUAAGGAGGAUGAAAGGUCACACCUGAGGCCAAAAUGUCAUCUUUUAUAUGUGCUUGCCUAGACAUGAUGGAACGAACGUUUGGGCGAGACUCUGGUGCUCCCGGCACACGUUCAGGUCAUGUCUGGAAGAGUUUGUCUUUUACAUAGAGAGCAAAAGAUAAUCACCGCAAACUGCUAGCCAUGCUUUCACUCUUUUAAAAAGCUGUACUUAUUCUCCUCCUCCUUUUUUGUCAUUACCUUGCUCUCUUUUUCGCAUUCUUAAAGGUUGAAAGGGCAGCUACCUGUCACACUGAAUAAAAUGUGCGGCCACUGUC